CGCGACUGAUGCUUCAAACUAGCUUUUGUAACGGAGGGAAAUACCGCGUUUUGGAUCGUGAAAUUUAAAUAUCCCCGUUUGUAAUGCGGAAUCUACGUAUUCUCGAAUUAUUUAGAAGUGUCUGUUGAAUUUAUAUUUCACGUAUCCCUUCUUUAAGGCUGACAUCCUUUAGUCUGGCAGUGACAAAAGAAAGAUAACUGACAACGAAAGCCGAACUGAUGGUCGCCUGAGUCCACGCUAGCUAGCCAAAUACAGUUUUAUAAUUCAUUUGACGGUUUUGGGAAUUAAAAAGAUGACAACUCUGACAAGACAAGACUUGAAUUUUGGACAAGUGGUCGCUGACAUCCUGUGUGAAUUCCUGGAGGUUGCCAUUCAUCUCAUCUUAUAUGUCCGUGAAGUUUAUCCCUCUGGAAUAUUCCAGAAGCGGAAGAAAUACAACGUACCUGUUCAGGUAGAAUCAAUGUCUUGUCACCCAGAGCUGAAUCAGUACAUCCAAGAUACACUUCACUGUAUAAAGCCGCUGAUUGAGAAGAAUGAUGCAGAGAAGGUGGUUGUUGUCAUCAUGGACAAAGAGCAUCAUCCAGUAGAGAGAUUCGUGUUUGAGAUUUCCCAGCCUACACUGCUUUCCAUCAGCUCGGACACAUUACUGUCACAUGUGGAGCAGCUGCUGAGGGCGUUCAUCCUGAAGAUCAGUGUUUGUGAUGCUGUUUUAAAUAAUAACCCACCAGGGUGUUCAUUUUCAGUACUAGUUCAUACAAGAGAUGCUGCUACACGCAACAUGGAGAAGGUUCAAGUCAUCAAGGAUUUUCCUUGGAUAGUCGCUGAUGAGCAGGAGGUUCACAUGCAGGAGCCAAGACUUAUUCCACUGAAGACAAUGACGUCUGACAUCGUAAAAAUGCAGCUCUAUGUUGAAGAAAGAGCCCAGAAAACAUAAGUUCUUACUCUGCAGAAACAGACUGGAGCUACAGCUCCAUCCUUUCUGUGACACACUUCGAGUCUGAACUGCAGCUCUGCCUAUCAGGGCUGAACCAGCCAGAGAAUCACAUGCAUUCUUGUUUAAUACAUCGAGACAAAGAUGUGUAAUGUGACCAUUAGGUGUAAACACAAUACUGCAGUCAGUGUUCGUGGUCGGACUGUUAGUCAUGGCUGACAUUUCAUUAAGAACCAGAUCUGACUCAGACUGUGUGCUUCCUCUCUGUAUUUGAUCCCACGAUAUUCACAUAGACAUCAGUGUGGUUUUAUUAUGUAUUGUACUAAACUGCAUUCGAUGCAGAACUUGUGAAACACAGUGCUCAAAUUCAUUGAUUUCACUGUGGCAUAAAUUCCCAGGGAAAUGCUUAAAAUAAGUGUAACAUUAGUGGCUGUAAAUUCAAAUAUCUAUCGCCAGCAGCUUCUGUCAACCUUUGUUAUGUGUUACCCUUUGUUGUAAUUUAUCAUCAGUGUAAAUAUGUUCUUUGUGUCUCUUUGUAGGCGAUUUGUUAUUGCUAGUGCUCCCUUGAGGUGUUUCACCUCUGCAUGGAUGUCUGAUGUUUGUUUAUACUGCUUUUAAAAAAAGGAAAGGAUCUCAUUUGUUCUGUUAUCCUCAUCUCCAACCAGUGCUAAUACUCACCUCUACUGUUAUGUGGAAAAUUCAAGUCUAGAUGUUGAACCAACCCGACUUUUACUGCUUGUGAUUUUUUUUGUUUGAAAAUUGAAACAAUGGCAAUAAAUACAUUAAAUAAAGCCCCACUUUUACAAAUCUUGGUCUUUCCACUGCAUAUGUUAAACAGUAUAUUUAUAGAAAGACCUCUGAAAUAAGCCAGAUGUUUUAACUCAUUGGAAGUCACUAAGAAGCCGAGUAA